CGGUGGCCAUGGUAAGACAUGGUUAAAAGCUCCUGCACUCUAACGUGCACUCGUACCCAUCAUCACAGAUAGGAUGCUCUCAGAGACACAUAAUCAAACUGGACCAGAAGAAGAGCCGGGGCUUGAAGGGGCAGCAGUAGAAGAAAAGUGCAUGGACAAGUUAGCAGACACUGAAGGAUUAAAGAAGAGAAAGUGACGGUGCAGGUAGAGUCAACAGUUGCAUCCAGGCGGAGAAUGGGCAAUUCCUCCUUCCCAGGUCGAGAGAAGAGAAAGGAUCCCAUGAUCUCUGCCGGUGAUGCCGAGUUUCCGCGGGACUUCCACACCCUGGCUGCCAGCGGUGGCCGAGGGGCACGGCGCUUCCAGGACAACAGCAAUGGAGGCUUCAUGUCAUCCUCGCUGGACCGCCGGCACAACUCUGUGGCUGCUAAAAGCCUGGAGGCCCUGAACAGCAUCCACAAGGCGGACAUCGAACGGCAGCGAGAUGCCCUGAUGGACCUGCAGAAGAACAAAUACUCCAACAGUCCUGGUGGCUUGUCUCAGGGCUCCGCUGUAGCCGGGCGGCAGCAACAACCAAACUACUGGAGCUUCAAGACUCGGACGCCUCGUGUGACACGACUCAGCCCAACGCAGCCGGCGCUUGCCGACCAGGCCAGCAGGGUUUCCUUUGCAUCAGCUGAAAACCUGGAGACCAUGUCAGAGCCAGACAUUCCCAUCGGCUUCAACCGGAUGAACCGGCUCCGCCAGAGUCUCCCACUGGCCCGCUCGUCCAGCCAAGCCAAGCUUCGCGCUCCAGGAAUCUUGUUCCUUCAACUCGGAGAGGAGAUCCGCAGGGUUCACCUGACCCACGAGCUCACCAGCCUGGAAACCCUGAGGGCGCUCAUCGUGCACAUGUUCCCCCAGAGACUCACCAUGGCCAUGCUCAGAUCUCCCAGCACCGCUCUGCUGAUCAAGGAUGAGAUCCGGAACAUCUUCUAUGAGCUGGAGGACCCACGGGACGUUCAGGACCGCUGCGUGAUUAAGAUUUAUUGCAAAGAGCCGGUUUAUGGGACCUAUCCAGGACACCACAACCCCCACCUCGCCAACGGAGACAUGAGGAGGGAGAUGGUGCAUGCUCCUCAGGAUUCUCCGCCCAACCGCCGCCUCAGCAACCCCCCCAUGUCUUCCCAGCAUUCCUCUGCCUCAGCUUCACCCCCUCAAGGCUCCCCAUCCCGGGCCCGUCUACUCUACAGCGCCGGCAGGCCUUCAUCCUAUGCGGGGCCGCCCCACCACACUCACUCCCUGCCUCACCCACACUCCCAAUCGCACCACUCCUCGCCCCACCAGCAGACUCAGCUCCACCAGCCUCACCACACCCAGCCGGCCUUCUGCACCUCCUCUAGCGCCAUCCUAGAGCGCAGGGACGUAAAGCCGGACGAUGAGGUGGGGGGGUCCAGGAGCAUGGUGCUCCUGCGGAGUGAUGGCGGCGGGAUCUAUGCGGACCCGUACGCCCUUGGCCCAGAUCCAAGUCGGCUGAGUCUGGCUGGAGGUCCUCACUCUCCUCUGCCAGCCAGAGCUGACCCCUAUGCCUCGCUGUACCGCCGUGGUGGGGGAGCAGGGCCUGGGUCAGUCCGAACGCUCACCUCCUACUCUGCAGCUGCUUUACAAGGAGAGCUGAUGGAGAGCGGCGUUCUGUACAGGCCUGGAGGUCCGCUUUACAAUGACGCCUACACUGCCUCCAUGUUGGCCAUGGGGCUGACGGUCCCGCCCUCCUCCCCCCAGAAGAUUCCCGACAUGAGGGACUCCUAUGGAGGAACACUGCCCAACAGGGGCUCCCCUGGGAGGCAGAGUCUGAGGAGGGACUCUGUGACGUCCUCUGUGUUAGGAGACAGUCCCAAAGCUCGGGUCCAGGGACCUGGACUUGGUCUCACUGCGGAGCAGCUCUGCCUGAUAGGAGAUGGAGGAGGAGCCAGGCCUUUUGGUUCUCCUCUGCUUGGAAAUGAGACAGAAACCAGGGAGCGAAUGGAGGCGAUGGAGAAGCAGAUUGCCAGCUUGACUGGACUCCUGCAGCGAGUUCUGACCAGAGCACCUGAGGCUGACAGCCCGGAGAAGAUGGAGUCAGCCAGUGACGGCUCAGCAGCUGACCCUGGACAUGUAAAAAAAAACAAAGCUCUGACUCCGUCUGCUCCUCUGGCCCUGAUGCCUCCUCCAUCCUUGGGGUCCAGUCAGCCCAUCACUGUGUCUCGGAUGCAGAUGCAGCUCCACCUGCAGAACCUGCAGCAGAACACCAAUGCUCUACGCAAACAGCUGUCGCAGCUGCGGAACAUCCAGCUGGAGAACCAGGACUCGGUUCUGUCCCUUCUGCGUCAGACUGAGUCGGAGCUGAGCCUCAUGAUGCUGGAUGCCAUGCGGCCUCAGGAGGACCCGCUUCAGAGACAGCGCCUCCUGGUGGAGGAGGAGAGACUGAAGUACCUGAACCAGGAGGAGCUGCUCAUCCAACAGCUGCACGACCUGGAGAAGUCUGUGGAGGAACUACAGAGGAACUCGUCCAUCAACCACGGCCUGGUGACGGAGCAGGACGUCGACCAGAAGAGCAAAGAGUUGAGGAUGCUGGGAGAGACGCUCACUGAGCUGAAAAAUCAGUUCCCCAGCCUGCAGAGUAAGAUGUGGGUGGUGCUGAGGGUGGAGGUGGAGGCCGUUAAAUUCCUGAAGGAGGAACCUCAUCGGCUUGAAGCUCUGCUGAAACGCUGCAACACCAUGACCGAUGCUCUGAGCUCACUGCGCAGGUCCACCAACCCCUCACGCAUAAAAUCGUCUUUACAAGUCACUGACGGGGUCUGGAAGACUCCUGAGGAAAUUUCCAGCCAAAUCCAGAAGAGACCAGAGGACCUCGGCCGUAGCUCGGACCUGGACAUCCUAAACAGUCCUCCUCUCAGCCUCGCUGACCUCAGCACCAGCGCCGGCCUUGCCAAUUGGAUCCCUGUGUCCUCUGAAGUCAACACCUCGGGCUCUGAGCAGGAUGUCCAGUCCUCCAUGGCCUUCAGGAGCCGGGUCCUGGAUGAGCUGCCGAGUCGUCGUCCUGCAGAAAAAGCUGUGUCAGCUGAAGUUAGGCUGGCGGCUGAACGGGACUGGGAGGAGAAACGGGCCAGUCUGACUCAAUUCAGUGCCCAGGACAUCAAUCGUUUACUGGAGGAGACCCAGGCCGAGCUGAUGAAGGCCAUACCGGACCUGGACUUUGCUGCCAAGCAUAUAAACAAGCCGGCUGUGCCCCCUAAGCCCCAGAUCACCAUCCCUAUAACCUCCAACACAUCUACCCUGUCUGCAGCCGGAACCACCGGGCCCAUUGCAACCAGUAACGCCGGCGGGGAUCAACAGCCGGGCAAAGUCCAGCUGGCUGCCCAGAAGCUGAACAGCAUGGAGGGGUCUGGUUCCCAUCGGGGGUCAGUGGAUCUGAGCGUAGCCCGAUACAAAACAGAAAAACCCUCCAAGUCUCCUCCUCCACCCCCUCCUCGCAGAAGCUUCCCAUCAGCACACGGACUCACCACGAACCGGACUGGAGACGUGAUCAUCACCACCAAGAACCAGAAGAUGGAUGAAGAUGGAGAGAUGCCUAAAACUCUGGUGAAGCUGAGGCGGACCCCAUCUGACACCCCCCGGCCUGCCUCCACCCCACCCGUCAUCGCAGCGUCAGCCGUUCAAGAUGAAGAUGAUGAAGAGAAGAUCAUUGCUGAGCUGGAGGGUGGUGCUCCCCCCUAUCUGGCCACUCUCCUGAACAAACACUCCCCAUCACGCGCUCUGCGCUCCUCUGACCAAGGCCUGCUCGCUGUCCCUCGGUCUAGGUGUCGUACCCGUGGAGACCGGGCUUUCUCAGUCCUAGCACCGUCACUCUGGAACCAGUUGCCACCCUCAGUUAGGCUGUCCCCUUCUCUGCCAGUCUUUAAGAAUCACCUAAAAACACACCUCCUCCGCUUGGCGUUUCCAGAACAUGUUUGAUUAUGGCCCUCUAUUAUGUUGAAUCCAUUCCACAGUUUUCAUUGGUACACUCAAUCCAAAUGUGUUUCACACAUUUGUAUUUUACCGGAAUGUUUCAUCUAUCUCGUUAUUUCCAUUUUGUAUUUUGUAAUUUGUAUUUUGUAAUUUGAAUUUCUUUUAUUGUUGAUUUAUUCAGUAUAAUUACUUACAACUGUACCAUGUUCAGCGCUUUGGGCUUCCUGACAGGGUUGCGGAAGGCGCUUUAUAAAUAAAGCUUUGAUUGAUUGAUUGAUUGAUUGAUUGAUUGAUUGAUUGAUUGAUUGAUUGAUUGAAAACUGGCCUGAAAACACGAUCCGAAAUGCUCGAGUUUGUAGCGCCCAUUUUAUAUCGGGUAAGGUAAUUAUGUACUAAGAUUACACCAGAAAGCUGGUUAACGUGUGUUCUAUUAAAUAAAGUAAGUUGUGUUUGCUGGUUUGCAAAUGAAAUUAACAUUUCAUUCUAAUUCAUCUGUAUUUUCCCACUGCAUAUUAGUAUAAACUGUAUUUCUCUAAAAUUAACACGAUUGUACUCUGAGCACGCUAAAAAAAGAAACCUAUGCUAUACUCACCCUGCCAUGCAGGUACAGUUGGCUGUGAAGACGUAGUUCUCUGGUUUGUUUACUAUGACCCAAGCCUCGUACAUAGCAGUCUUGUGUCCUUGUCUUUGGCUAGGAAGGACUUCUGCCUUCAAGACGCAAAACUCAGAGUCUAUGUGGUGAUAUUUUACUUUCUGUACGUGGCCACAGACAACAUAGUUGUAUGCAUCUAACGAUUUGUAUGCCCGUAGCUUCUCACGUGUGUACUUACUGGGCCUCUCCACUAAAAACGUAUAUAUAUCGGGCCACUGGAUAUCUGGCCACGCACCUACAUCUUCCACCCAUUCCGUAAUGCCACAGGGAUCCGGGAGUCUGUUGUCAUUCGUUAAAGUGAGUUUAAUAAUAUAACAUUCAAGAUUUGCCGGUGAUAACCCCGCAGCGUAGCUUUAUAAAGCCUGACACAACGCCAUUCUCUGUUGCCAAGCUGCGCGCUCAUUCUCGCUGACGUCAUAUUGUUUACAAACAGUAAAAGGGUCUAUAUGACUUAUGACUACAAGUCAUAAAUGCUGAACGCUCCUGCAGCUGGCUGUUCAUUCCCAUGUAGGUGAACCAUUCACAAUAAAUAAAUGCAACACGUAAGCACAAAUAUGUGUAAUUAAAUAUAACAUCAGUGUGAUGGAGACUAAUUAUGAUAAAUGCAUCUCCUGUUAAAAAUGGCUAAAUGAUGCCUUCAGACUCAGACCCUGUCCACACGUAGCCGGGAAUCUGCCAAAACGUAGAUAUUUUUCUACGUUUUGGCCUGUCAUCCACACGAAAACAGAGUUUUUUCACACGAAAAUGGAUCUUUUUUAAAACUCCGGCCAAAGUGAAGAUCUGCGUUUUCUCCGUUUUGGGUGUCUGCGUGUGGACAGACAAAACCGGAGUUUUAAGGUCCGCAACGUCACUUUCCGCGACAAAAAAAUGCUGACAUCACGUGUGCGACCUGUGUUUACACUAGCCGACAGCAUGAAUGCCCUCAGAGCUGCGCUCGCUUUAUCAAUUGUCCAAGCGCUUUUUGCUUGUUUGUUUUUGCAAGAGGAAUUACUGCUCCUUGCGGAAGACCACAGACGAAGGACGAGGUUAAGAACGGGGGAAGUACUGCCGCCUACAGGUCUGGCAUGUCCUUAACAACGUAUUUAUCCGGGUACGUGUGGACAGUUUUUUUUUUAAACGAGGUGGUGUGGAUGCAAGUUUUUGGAGGGGCGGAUAUUCGUUUUUUUUUUUUAAACUUGGCCACGUGUGGACUAGGCCUCAGGGAAUCCCAUCUGGACACCAGAGUGAAGUGUGCUGGGCUGUUCCCAAUAACUCGUACAGAGUACUUUAUAGCACAAAUCAGUGAGUGAGUGAGUGAGUGAGUGAGUGAGUGAGUGAGUGAGUGAGUGAGUCAACAUUGUGAACAGUCUUAGUCGUGCAACAUCAACAACUUUAAACAAACAACUGAUGUAAUUGUGCAUGUGCUUUCUGCAGAAACUAUUUGUCUUUCAGUUAGACCAACAGUUGUAGGAGGAGAAGACCUGAGACUCUUCUUCCAAAUACCUGAAAGUUGACUUAGAUGCUUCCAAAUCCUUCAGAACGGAUUUGGACUUUUCAUAUUAAGUCUGAAAACCUGACAUUGACUCUUCCUCCAAAGACCUGAAACUUGACUAUGGCCCAAUCCCAAUACUUGUACUUCCACACUAGGGCCCUUCAAUUGCACAAUCCUGGCCAGGGGUGCGAGUGUGUUGGGUGCGGAACCCUUGAUCUGCACUUCACCCAAGUCUGCAUCGAUGUGGACUUGGGUGAAGUGCAUUACCCACAAUCCAAUGCUGUGGGAGAAAAGGCUCAAGUGCCUUUUCUGAAAAUACGAUUAUCAAAUGAAAGUAGUUAGCUUUAGGAUGAUUAAUUGAUGCUCUGUAUGUUUUAGACAAAGCAGCAAUGAAUGUAGAAUUAUUUCAAGUAAUUGUUUGGUUGUUCAUUCAUUCAUUUAUUCAUUCAUUCAUUCAUUCAUUUUUUAAUUAUUUUAUGAAAUGGCACAGUCAAUUAAACAAGGUAAAAAUUAGUUAAAAAAUAUAAGUCAUUUAGUGCAAAGGAAUAAACAUAAAUGGCCAUGCAAUUCUGCCUGAACAGGAGUGGGAAGAAGAAAACUUACAUAAUCCCACCCCAGAUCCCCAUUCAGUGAGUAAACUCGAACUUCACUGUUGAUUAUUCAAUCAUUCUUUUCCUAUUUAAAAGAGUGAUGGCGUAACCACAGGCAACUGUAAAGUUUUUACAGUUUAACAACAAAUUCUACCAACAAUGGUGAAGGAAAAAUAUCAACAAUGUUUAUGUUUAUGUUUGUUUAUGUAUUUAGCAGACGCUUUUGUCCAAAGCGACUUAGAAGUGAUAAUCGGCAUAUUGCCCUUGAGGCUAACAGCAACAAUAACAACAACAACAUUGACAUCAGGAACGUUUAUGCGAUAAAACAGAGUAAACGACAGAAUAAAUUAAAUUAGGGAUUCUCAUCUCUAUACUUUGUCCAGACCUUAUGUUUAUGUAACAGUUUAAAUUGAUUUAUAGUUUGGCAUUGCUUGUGUUGUAAGUCCAGUUUGUUCCAGAAUUUCACUCCGCAUACCGACACACGGACAUAUUUACAAGUAGUUUGAACUCUUGGCAAUGAAAAACAUCCAAAACCUCUCAAGUUAUGAACACGUUCAGGAAUUGAAAAGAAACGUUGUAGGUUAGAUGGUAAUACUUUAUUGAAUGCUUUGUAUGGAACUAUUGAUGUAUUAUAUUUAACAAGAUCAUCACAUUUUAGCAGCAUUGAUUUCAUGAACAGAUUAUGGGUGUGUUCUAGAAACCCAACCUUGUGGACAUAGACGUAAUUUUUGGGGGGGACAGGGGGGACAUGUCCCCCCCCCCACUUUCUCCAAAGUCAAGUUUUCACCCCUGCACUUUUUACCAAUACUCUAUAUUAGGGCUGCAACAACGAAUCGAUAAAUUCGAUGAAAAUCGAUUACUAAAAGCGUUGGCAACGAAUUGCGUCAUCGAUUCGUUGUGUCGCACAACUCUUCCAAAAGCGCCCCCCCUUCCCGCCCGCCGUUGCGCGCAGACCAGAGCAAGUCAGAUCAGCGCGAGGGAGAGCCGGCAGAUCAGCGGGAGGGAGAGCCGCAGAUCAGCGCGAGGGAGAGCCGCAGAUCAGCGCGAGGGAGAGCCGGCAGAUCAGCGGGAGGGAGAGCCGCAGAUCAGCGCAAGGGAGAGCCGGCAGAUCAGCGCGAGGGAGAGCCGCAGACUUGCGCUGCUGCGAACCGGUUCCGCAUUGUUGCACAGCGAUCCAGGCAGCUGCUUCCAGCGCACGGUCCAUUCUCAAAGUGGCGCAACCAAAAAACUAUAAUUAGCACAGGAUCGUUCUUGUCUGCACAUGUUCUCUAUUUUCUGUCUUAUUUGUGCCUGAAGCUUGCUACUGCGGAGCUCAUCACCUGUGCUGUGGUGAUGUCACCUCACGCAGCAUCGAAAACGCGCUCUGCGCUUUUCGGUCAGGAGAUCCCUUUGAUCUGCUCAAAAGUAACUGAUGAGGUGAAAAGGUAAGAAUCCAGGCAACAGAUUUUCUGGAGAAUUAAGAGGAGAUGCAGGAAGAUGAGAGACAGACAGGACAGGAAAAUAGUUCAAUAAAAACAAGAAAACAAAACAAAGUGUUGAAAAGUAAAAUGUAGGUAGAUUUAUCACCACUACACGUUUUUACCUAUAAAAAACAAUAAGUUAUACACAUGUCCUAUUUAUACAUCUGAUACAAUUCAGAUCACCUUCAAAACUCAGUCACACACCCAGGGCCGUUUCAAGACAUUUUGGGGGCCAAGGCAAAAUGCCCCCCCCCCCCCCCCCCCAAAUAACUGGGCUCCCCAGAAGCCUCUGUGUAAUUCAUGCCCUCUCCAGUAGUGUUAGUUAUAUGGUGUUUAUAAAAGCCCCUCAGACAUUACUGACAUGUUCUAAUAUUAUCAGAUGAAAAACUAAAUUAUCAGACAUGCUGUCUCAUCUGCUGCUUUUAUAAACUUGCAAAAAGUAACAAAACCAUUUGAAAGCCACUAUUUGUGGAUUCUCUGAAAGUUUCCAUGGAGUGUGUGACAACUUAUUUUUUCAUUGAUCCUAUCGUCUAAUCUCACAGCUGAAACAAGCAUCCUUAAUAAUCUGUGCACAGGAAGCUUACCGAUGCUGUAGUAAAACAAAAGGUAUAAUAAUUUAUUAUUAAUAAAACCUUGUUGCAGCACUAAAGCAGAAAAAUUUGAUUUUGCAUUAAAUAUGCAAAAUAUUUACAUAUGAAUUGUUUUAGAGCCCUUUAAUUGGCAGAAUCUGAUAUUAAUUUAGUUCUUACAAAAAAUGGGUCCCAACAUGGUUUGUGUGGCGUUGCCAUAGUGUGACAUCAUAGGCACAGAUCCCCUGUCCUCUUGUUUGGAAAUGGAAAUAUGAUCACCCUACAUUAAACAAACUGUCCACCCGGGAUUUUGUACUGCACAGAGACGCUUCGCUGCCUAUGACUGAACGUCAGUUGAGAGUCAGUCUCAUGCAGAAUGACCAAUGAAGAGAGGGCCUCAAGUUAAGACCCUCUCCUCAUUGGUCAGUCCACACGAGGUGGGUCAAAGGUUACUCUGGGCGGGUUACGUGUUGUCAGGCAUUCAAGUAUUGAGUAUAUUUACUGCAUAUUACAGUAAAAUAUUCUGUAUGUGACCACAUUAUGGUGAUCCUUGGGCCGUGAUGAUGGAGCCCUUGAAUAUUGUUGCCCAGGGUACAACAAAGUGUUAAUCUGGCCCUGGUUCCGCUGUCACAUUCCCGCAGAAACUGGUGGAUCACACUGGGGCCAGACUAACAUGUGGUUUUACAACCACAAUGUCCUCAGAAGCAAAAACGCUUUUAAAAGGGAGGGAGGAGUCCUAACUGUUGCUGCAGGCGUGUUGUGUGAGAGUGCAGUUAUAUACUGGUUAAUAUAUUUUUGGGUUAAGUUGCUUUCAUGUGGCCUAAUGUGAGUCUAUUUGGGAUCAUUGGAAUGAUCAGCAGCAUUUCUUGAUGUGACUUUAUGGCAGUUGCCCAGGGCAUCAUCGCAAGGAGGAUGGCAUUCAUUUACUUUUGUUUUAUUUGGUAUUUUUUCAGUCAUUUUUGGAAAUAGUGAUCAAUUUUGAUUAAUUCACAGCCUAUGUUUAAUUACAUUUAAAAUAAAUGUCAACAGAUGAGAUCAAACAAAACAGAUGAGAAUUGCCCUUAAGCUGUUUAACUUGGACCAAGCAUUUUAGGUCACAGAUAGAUGUAGCUUAGGGUCUCUGUCUAUACACCUUAUAAGACAAUUUAGGUGAUGGCAUGUUGUUUUUCUGCUAUUGAACUGUUUUCUAAUAAUGUUGUGUUAAAUAAAGUGAAGGAAGGAGAGAAAUAACGUUUCCCUAGCAGUUUUUAAAAAUUUCCCCAUGUAAUCCGAUUAAUCGAUUAAUCGUGUCGAGACCCCAUCCGAUUAAUCGAUUAUCCAAAUAAUCGUUUGUUGCAGCCCUACUCUAUAUUAAAUUGGCACUGGUUGAGCUCUAGGACCAAGCAGAAAACAACCAUUUGUGUUGAAGCCUGUUUCCCAUUAGAACAUACUGUAAUGUCCCCCCACCCACCCACCCACACACACACACACACACACACACACACACACACACACACACACACGUGUCCCCCCCACUUCUAAAGUGAAAAUUACGUCCAUGCUUGUGGUUGAUUCGCACUGCUCUUUUCUGUAAUAUGAUCAGAGAAUGUAGUGUGUUAUGAUAAGUAUUCCCCCACACUUCAACACAAUACGUAAGGUAUGGGAGUACCAAGGUGCAGUAUAAAGUAUGUUUUCAUAAAGGUAUCAUUUUUGCUUUAUUUAUAAUUGAGAGGCUUUUGGAGAUUUUUGUUUUUAUGUGUCUAACAUGGGGUUUCCAUGACAAUUUACUAUCAAUUUUUACUCCUAAAAAUGUAGUUGAAGCUUUACUGCACUUAAGACCUUAGGGUGCAGUUGGAGUAUUGGGAUUGGGCCUUGGACUCUUCCUCCAAAAUAGAUUUAGUGCUUGAGUUUAACCAGUAGGCUUGUUUUACUGCAUCGUCGUAGUGGUACUCUGAGAGGCAACCUGUCUGAAUAACUCUGGAGAUUAUGUUUCCUGUUUGCUUUAUUUAUAGAUUGUUGACAGAAUGUUUUUAAAUUCCAGGUAAUAAAAAGGAUCAAACCAGUUUUAAAUGGUGUGUUAAUGGAAUGUCCCUGAGGCUCCUCGUGUUUCAGAUGAACUGAAGGUUUCUCUCCUGGUUGUGAAGGAUUUAGUUUGAAACACAAUGAAUGGGUGAACUGCUGUCAUCGUGUGAAACCUGCAGCCUUCUUAGCUCUGAUCAUCGAUCCUCGUGACAGAAGUUUAGCUGAAUAGAGACUUAGUUUAUCCACACAAACCCUUACUUAUACUGCAUGUUCAGACAGCCAUAUGUAGAGGUAGUGGGUGGAGUUUGGUGGCAGGAGGAUCUCCUUUCUGUCUUUUGUGGAUGAGGUGGUACCCUUAUCUCCAUCAAACUGUGACCUUCAGCUGUUGCUAGGAGGAUGAUCAGUAGCAGGCCGUGGACCUGGACCUAUCCAGUGUGGAUAUCAAGUACUGGGUUGGGGCGAGGUCCUGCCUUAUUAUGGGAGGAGUUUAAUGGGCCAUUCCCAUCUGUACCGGGUCGGCCCGGGCCGGGUAGCUCCAGUCGGCCCCAGCCUGGCCCGGUUGAUUCCACACAUCCUUGUCUUAAGCCCACGUGGGCUGAUUCUACCCACCAAUCAGAGGCUUGCUCUAAUGGAAGGUGUGAAUUUGCUGUCAGCAGUGGGUGUGUUGGCCCUGGUCGGCCUGAAGCAGACCCCCUCGAGAAGAGGGCUGAGAAUGAGCCUUGGUUGGCCCGGAAAAAUACCAGGCCACCCAGAUAUGUAAACAACCUACGCUACCCGGCCCGGGCCGACCCGGUACAGAUGGGAAUGGCCCAUAAGCAACCCUGAGUGGUGAUCAGAUUUAUUUUAAGAGUCAUCUCUGAGAGAUUUAAUUAUUUUAAGACUUUAGAUCCAACGUGUGAGUGCAGGCUCAUGAUUCCAGAGACUUCCUGUUCUGUGAAAAUGAAUCUUCACCUGAGGAUACGUUUUACAUGAUGACCUAAUCGAUGGGCUCCUAACAGGAUAUUCACACGUUUGUCUCUGGGC